GCUGUGUUUUGCGCAUGCGCUGAGACUCUCACUUUAGACUGACGAACAUUGUGAUCUACGGCCUUGAGAGAACUGUGACCGUCAGACCUACAGAAAGAACAUGACAGCAACGGGAGCUAGGAAGAUUAGCUACAAGGCCUACUUAGAACAAGGCUAGGAGCGGAUAUUGGAUGUGAGUUGUGGGUGAGAUUUCAAGGCUCUAGGAGCGGAUGUUAGACGAGUUGCGGGUGAGACCUAGUAGUUGCGGGUGAGACCUAGUAGUUGCGGGUGAGCUAGACUCGAGCCAGUCUCUCCCCGCCUUCGUCAUUCCCUGGAUUGACCCACUGCUUACAUCCGUUUAUAACUUCUGACAUAUUACUAGUUCAUAAUAAUAAUUACCUAAUUGCUAGCUAGGGAUAUCGCGGAUGAAACGGAUGUAACACACUUUAACUUGCAACACACUUUGACUUGCGUCAGCUAGAAAUGACACCAAAUGACCUAUUGUCUACCUAAUAGGCGAGGGUGUUAUCAACACAGGACACAUCUGUGCCACCACUUCCAUUGACACUAUAACAUCUAUAAAAUGCCAUCUGGACGUUGAGUUACAUAGACUUUUGUGCAAGUCAUCACAACAUGGCAACUUCUGCAAGGAUUAUUGUCACUGUAUUGUUUGUUGGGCUACUGCAUAGAUGGACAGAUGGAGCUCUUACCUGUAGAGUUACAGGGUCAGCUACCAUGGGUCCAUUCUUUAAACGAGAUCAGCCACAACGGAAAAGCAUGUGUCAACGAGAUCCACGCUAUAAGACCGUUCCCAAACUGACUGUCAGUGGGCUCAUUCUUGAUGAAGAAUGCAAUUUACCUGUGGAGAGAGCUAAAAUAGAGGUCUGGCAAGCGGAUUCCACAGGCAACUACCGUGAUGCGAGUUGGUGUCGAAGUACUCUGUACUCAAACUGUAGAGGAGAGUAUACGUUUAGAACUGUUUAUCCUGGCAAGUAUUCAUUAGGUCGUAGUUUUCGACCAGCUCACAUUCACUUCAUGGUGACGACUCCUGACAACUGCUACAACAGAUUGAUUACGCAACUGUAUUUUGAAGGAGAUACAAACUUGGGUCCUUAUGAUCCCUGCAGUAGUUCAGUAUGUAAUUCUGGCGAUGAAAGUCUUAUUCAUAGUCUUUCAAAAUACACCAUAAACAACACUCAAUGGAUAAGCACUGAGUUCAACAUUGUUUUGAAGAGGCACAGAAAUUGGGAUUCAUCAAAAUGUGUGCCACAAUGUCCUACUGAGAAUGAGUUGACUACGACACCUGCCACUACGACAUCUGCAACUAAGACACCUGCCACUACACAGAAGCCAACUACAGUCAAUAUUCCACAAGAGUUGACUACAUCGUUGCCAGUUAAUUGCCCUGAUAUAAAUGGCAGUCAAGUCUUGAAUCAAGAUCUGUUUGACUUUGUGUUCAGAGUGACAGUUAAGAACAAACGUUUAACAGAAGAUGGCCAUUACAAAGCCAAAUUGAAUGAAGCGUUUACUGUUCCACAAUUAGUCAGUGAAUUCUUUGCGGUGGGACAGCUUAUCAAAUUGGAAUGUUUGGCCGAUUGCAAUAAAGUCUGCAAUCAAACAUUGCUAUCCAAGCAAUCAUUUGUUGUGGCAGGAGUUGCUGAUCAAUUAAGUAACCAAGGUGUGAUUAUUUUGAGUGGAACAUCACUCAUUCAACCCUGGAAACUGGUUAAACGAGAGAUGAAGAAGACUUUCAACGGUUGAGGAAGAACGUUUUUGUUUGCAUGUUUCGUUUGUUUGUUGCAUGUGUUUGAUUGACAUUUAUUGUGUUCGUUGUCACGUAGAUUGUUGAAGUGCUGUAGCUUAUAACAAUAUGGUGGUGAAAAAGAGUGGAGAUUGUGUAUUACAGUA